AAGUUAAUGAAUCGUACUCGGAACUCGAUUAACCUAAUCGCACGCAUUAUUUCUAAUCUCGAUCGAAAUCUAAUAAUACAAAAAAACGUUAUUGAUCGAUGGAAAACGCGAUACGCGGAUGUUAUUCAAGCUUUCUAAAAGUUAAAUAAGUACGUGAGAAGAACGUGUAUAAAAGACGCGAAUGAAUACGUCGAACGCGUAAACGUGAUUUGUUUUCUACUUAACAAAGAAAGAAAGAAAGAAAGAAAGAAAGAAAGAGAUAAAGAAAAAAAAAAAGAAAGAAAAAGAAAGACAUGAGAUUUAUUAGCGUUAUAUCACGUUAGCCCUGUCUAAAAAUGGCGAAUCAAGUAUUCUUGGAAUAAUAAAUUUUCGCGGUGGGAAGGAACGUGAAGUUGCGAAAAACAAAAAGAGAGAAAAAAAAGAAAAAAAAAAAAGAAAAAAUAAAAGAAAGAACGACGACACCGACGACGGUGGUGGUAACGAUGAUGAUGAUGAUGAUGAUGAUGAUGGUGGUGGUGGUGGUGAAGAAGGAAGAAAAAGAGAAGGAGAAGAAGAUCUUAUAUGUAUGUAAAAGGGCUAACGUCCUAAUAUUCAGAAACCGUCCCUUUCCAUUCAUCCUGUCGUGGGAUGCAACGACGGCGGCAAGGCAGGCGGCAUUGCGCCCAUCUAAUAAUAGAACGGCGCGAUUCCGUCGACAUAUUAUACCGGGGGUCCCUAAUAUGCAUAUAAAAAAGAGUUAUUUUAAUUGAACAAUUAACGAACGCGAGUGUGUUGUUAUUCGAGAAGAAAAAGAAAAAGUAAAAGAAAAAGACAUUCGAAGAAGAAGGAGGAGUUGGAACGAUCUGAAAGAUAUCGGAAUCGUUGAGAAUUAAUGAAUGAAUGAAUAAAAGAAAGAAACAAACAAACAAACAAACAAAGAAGGGAUUAAUUAAUUAGUUAAUUAAUUCAUUAAUUAAUUAAAUAGAAGAGGAAAAGUGAAAUAAGAGAUUAUUAUCAGAAAAGAAAAUGGAGUGCUCGGAGGCCGAUAACGAAGCUGCUAGCUCCAAUGCUGUUGACUCAGAUGGAUCCGUCAGCUGGGAGGAUUUCUUUGGUACGAGUACAGACCUGGUGCCACAAUUAUUGGGCAUGUUCGACGAGCUGGCACGUCGUGGAAACGGUUACGAGGAUCACCAAGUAGUCCUCUCAGCGUCUUGUAAUAUACCAGCGGCUUUGCAGAAACGAUUGAGUUUGGUACCGCACUCACAACGAGGUUCCAUAUUCGGUCAGCUUUGUGGGGAGGCUACGAAGAAAGGUAGUAGCUGUAAUAGCGGUAGUAAUAGUAAUAGUAAUAAUAGUCAUCGGGAUAAGAGCGUGGAGAUGUGUGAGAGAACGGAAGAUACGGAUACGACAAGUACGAUAGAUGUUGUGGUAACUCAACAUGGUGUUGACAACAACAACGACAACGACAACAACAACGACGACGAUAACAACAACAACAACAACAACAACAACGACGACGCCGACGAUGACGACGACGACGACGACGACGACGAGGACGAGGACGAAGAGGACGACGAGGAGGAGGAAGAGGAGGAGAGAGAGAGAGAAAGAGAAAGGAGGGAGGUGGUCAAAGUAGAAAAAGAAAAUGAUGGAAAUAGAUUGUCGAUCAACGUUAUCGUGCAAGACGAUAAGAAGAAUUCUUAUGUACAAGAAACAAACAGCAAGAACGCCAAUGGAGGAACGCUUACUCAGCUUAGGUAUAAAAGAAGAUGUAGAAGUGGAAGACCAUUGUCUGGUAGUUCGAUAGCCUCUAGUACAUCGUCGAGUGGCUGUAGCAAUCAGGGAAAUCCAUCGUCUGCGACUAAUCCAUAUUUGGCUUCUGUCGAAUCAUUAGCUGAUACCUGUGCCAGUUCUCAAGGUUCAGGCGAUAGCGGAGUAGUCACCGUAUCCGAAGCCAGCUGUCGUAUUGGUAAUGUUACCAAUGGUCAAAGAAGGGACAGUGCUGAAGGGGACACUUCCUCCUAUCGACCACGUUAUUGCGAUCCACAUCGUAAUCCCGUGGAAAGAGUAUUGCUUGAGAUUGUUGAUACCGAAGCUAUAUAUGUUGAACACUUGCGACAAGUUAUACAGGGCUAUCUCAUAUUUUGGAGAGACGAUCCCACAUCGUUCGUACAUCAGCUACAACUGAGCGACUUGUUCAGCAACAUCGAGGACAUUUUCAAGUUCAACAGAGAAUUCCUAAAAGAAAUCGAGAAAUGUGCUUUUGAUCCAGUUUGCGUGGCUAACACUUUCAUCAAGCAUAAUUCAGGAUUUAAGGUCUAUACCGAAUACUGCACGAAUUAUCCCAGAACUGUCUCUGUAUUAACCGACUUGAUGGGACAAGAGGAAACGGCCAAAGCGUUUAGAGAAAGACAGGCAGCUUUAGAUCACGCGUUACCUCUGGGAUCAUUUUUGUUGAAGCCUGUUCAAAGGAUUCUCAAGUAUCACUUGUUGCUAGAGAAUUUAUCGAAAGAGUAUGGGGCAGGUUGUGACGCAAGAGAAAACGAGGCAGAAGGAAGAAGUGCAAUCGAGGGUGCACUUGCAGCGAUGACUGGCAUCGCAAAACAUAUUAACGCGAUGAAGAGAAGACACGAGCACGCAGUAAGAGUUCAAGAGAUUCAAUCGCUUCUUUAUGGAUGGUCCGGACCGGAUUUAACUACCAGUGGUGAACUUAUAGCUGAAGGUCGCUUCAGAAUGAGAGGAGCAAAAGCACCGAGACACGCUUUUCUCUUCGACAGGAUGUUACUUCUUACCAAGAAAAAGGAAGAUGGUUUAUUGGUCUACAAGGCUCAUAUCAUGUGUUCCAAUCUGAUGCUGAUCGAAAGCAUCCCAGGAGAACCACUAAGCUUUCAUGUGAUACCCUUUGAUAAUCCAAGGUUGCAAUAUACAUUGCAGGCACGCAACCUGGAGCAAAAGAGGGAAUGGACCUUGCAAAUAAAAAGAGUAAUCCUUGAGAAUUACAACGCUGUUAUACCUUCUCACGCCAGGCAGCUGUUUCUACAACUUGGUCAGACUCAACACGAAGACGAUUCUCCGACCGACAAAAGCUCGGCGAAAAAGUUAUACUCGGCGCCGCCGGAAUAUUUAGAGAAACGUAAGCAAGAAAGAGAAAGAAGAAGAUCAGAAACUGGUAUAAGGCAUAAGUUCAAAAAGAGUACAAGAAAAUCUGAAUCACCUGCUAUCGCUACCGAGGACUCACCGGCAUCGUUAAGGAAAAAUCCUAAUAACGAGACUGAAAUGCACGACUCGAGAGAUCAGAAUCUUAACAGGUGUUCCGACGGACGUACUCUCAAAGUAAAGGAUCGUUUCACCGGUUGGAGAAGAAAAUCAGAGCCAGGAUUUCAAUCUUACGUUUCGUUGAAUCAAUCGGACGAGGAUCAGAAAGAGGAGACGACGGCUGAUAAUAUGGAAACGACUUUGGUUGAAUCAGAUCGUACGAUCAAUACCAGCAACGAGGAGAACAAGCCAACAAAUUCUCAACAAGUUGAAACCAAAGAGAACAACGAACAACAGACUGCAACUACUACUACACCAGCAGUGGCCCAAACGGUUGAAGAAAUAGUUGGUCAUAUCUUAAUGCAGAAUCAGGAGUUCCAAAAGUUGUUGGAAAAACAAAGAACGAGUAGUAGUAUAAACGUGAGACAACAGCAAAGAUUCAACAAGAGAAUAUCAGCUGACACUUCGGAUGAAAGCGAUUGUGAGAACGCUAAUUACGUUGGUGGAACGUCGAACAAUCGUGUCCGUGCGUCUCAUCGUGAAACCCAGAGAUUGGUGAGAACGAACAACGCAUGGAACUCAUUGUCCUCUGCUAGUACACGUGACACACCACAGCCAGCUCUAAGGUUGCUCUAUGAUAAUUUAAAAUCAUCGGAUGGUAAGACAAGCGUACACGAGACAUUGAAUACAAAGAACAAUGUAAAUCGUGUACACGAAAAGAGAGCUCUUUUCGAAGCUUUCAAAAGACAAAGUAUCGUGACUGAGAGUAAGAUAAUAAAGACGGCUUUGAGGAUCAGAGAGAACUCUACAUCUGCCAACGAGGAUUCAAACGAUACUAGUAUACGUGGUAAUAACGAUCAGGAUUAUUCGGAGAAGGCUAACGAAGUUCAACCGAGUCCCGAACGAAAGGACAAGGCCAAUGAUAUCAAUCAACAGGAUAUCAUCAAAGAAGCUGACGAAUCAAAAGGUUUCGGUAACUACGAUAAUCUCCAACAUGUUUGGGAAGGUCUUCAAGAGGAACAAGACGUUAAUGGAAGUGACAGUCCAACAAGGCCGGCCGUUUGGUUGACCAAACUCUGCGAAGGUUUACCAACUUCACCGCAAAAGUGUGGUUCCUUGCCUCGUAGCUUUCAGAUCAAUCCAAACUCGCAACUUAGCGUUACCAAAUCUCGAUUUCUUCAAAGAGAUGGUAAACCAAUGACCGAGAGACCUUUCACUAUAGCCUCGGACAAGCCCGCCGAGAUAAAUCUCGAGGAUAUGGAAAGAUACGCUUCGAGUUGUCAGCCCGAAGGUAGGAUUGCCAAGUUCCCAACCUCGGUCUCUACUUCAACAUCUACGUUUUUCUGUUCGCUCGAUGACACUCUGACAGACGCGUAUUCCGAAAUUCACAUGGUCUCACCUACUACGACCAACAUUCAUCCCGAUCACAAAAUCUAUCGAGCUACUAACGGUAGUACGAGGUUCAAGAACGUAUUGUCGAAGGCUGGUAGUCGUUUGCAAGGUCUCAGGAAUACUCUCAGCACCGAAACUCUGGAAUGUAGCGAAGAAAUAGAAAGAACUAAAUACUUUCGUUCGUUGAGCAAUGGAAAAUCAAAGAGAAAGGGCAAAUCCAAACAUUCUAGAGAAAGUUCUUCGGACGUGGAGGAACUGGUUGGUUGUGUACCAGCUGCUGGACCAACCGAUUAUAGGAUACCAUCAUUGUAUUAUAAACAAGGAAGUUCUAGUUUGGGUGCACGUAUAGCACAGUCCGAUUACGCAGACCCUACUGUCCUCUUUGCUGAAAACAAACGCAAUGGUAGUAACGAGGAGACGAGAAAAAUAGACGAGAACGCGAAAGAAAAUGAAAGGGAUAAGGAAGAAGAGGAUGAGGAAGACGAGGAGGGAUCAUCUUCCAGAGAAACUAAUCGUCGUGAAAGCGAGACCGACAGUUUCUACGAGAGAUCGUUCGAAAUUAUUGAGAAUUAUGUUGACGUUGAUGGCGAGGAAGUUUUUAGGGACAGUGCAAUAUUCAGUGACGCUGAUGACGUUCUUCUAAUGCGUACAGAUAUUGGUGGAGGAGGGGAAGGAGGAGGUGGAGCUACUACGUCAGCUGGUAAUAAACAAAAAGUCGCACCUCCGGUUCCUGCGAAAAAAAAAUUAGAAUGUUCAUCAGUGUCAACUACUGUAUCGAGUAUCGUGCAAGAAAGUAAUAUAGUUGGCAAGCCUUAUGUAGCACAGAAACCUGAUUACCUAAAGAUAAAGUCGAUCUUCUUGAGAGCACAGAGUAGUAGUAGUAGUAGCAGCAGUAGUAGUAGUAGUAGUAGUAGUAAUAAUAGUAAUAGUAGUAGUAGUCCAGAAGGUAAAAUUUCUUCGAUUAGGUCGUCCUUUGUAAAAAGAGACGUUGACAGAAAGUGUAUGACGAAUGAUGUUGCAUUGAAUGAAGGAUCCGGCGAUACUGGUAACGAUGAUAAGGAUGAUGUAUCAGCUGGACAGAGUCAGGCUGGUUGGGUUAAGAAAAUAGUUUGUCAAUUGCAAGGACAUGUUGAGACAUAAUUAAUAAUCUUUUAAGGUUUUUUCCUCUUGAAUUACAAACUGUAAUUUCUUUUUUUUUUUUUUUUUUCUAUCUCGUGUCUUUCAAAAUUAUUCCAAAACGUAAUCGACUGUCUAAUAUU